GACCGCAGUUCGGUGUGGCUGCGUGUUUGUGUUUGCAGAAGGCUAGAACUUGCAUUCUCAACGCUUGCCCUAGUCUUUCAAAGCUGUUCCCAUCAGAUCUUCUCGUAAUUGGUUAAUCAUCCUGACGAAUGUGCAGAAAUUUGCAACUAAUCGGAGCGCUGCAAGGGCUUUGAUUUUGGGCUGCAGAGGAGGUGCCAGGCGGGUUUGGCACAAUGACUUGCCAUAAAGGGCCUUAGCAGCGUGGCAAAAGUUGGCUGUUUUCAAGUUGCCUUUUCCCUUCCCCUUCCUUCACCUCUGGGAUAUCUGAGCUGGCUUCUCUUCCCUGGGCGUUCCUUUCCUUCUCCCACUUGCUGCGGAAGGGACCAGUCUACCAUGGCCGGGGACAGACUUCCACACAAAGUGAUGGACUCCAGGAAGCUUGCCAGCCUCUUGAGGAGUGGGACCGAAGGAAUGUUGGUCAUUGACAGCCGCUCCUUUGUGGAGUACAACUCCUGGCAUGUUCUCAGCUCUGUCAACAUCUGCUGCUCCAAGCUGGUCAAAAGAAGGCUACAGCAAGACAAGGUAUCCAUCACAGAGCUCAUCCAGCCAGCUUCCAGUAUAAAGGUGGAGGCAGAGAAACACCAAGAUGUUGUGGUCUAUGACCAGAGCACACGGGAUGUAAGUGGGCUGGCAACCGACAGUUUCCUCUCCAUUCUUCUGGGGAAGCUGGGUAGUUGCUUCCACAGUGUCUCCAUCCUCACAGGGGGCUUUGCCACCUUCUCGUCUUGCUUCCCAGGACUCUGUGAAGGGAAACCAACUGCCAUCCUGCCAAUGAGUAUCUCUCAGCCAUGCUUGCCAGUGGCCAAUGUUGGCCCAACCCGCAUCUUGCCUCAUCUCUAUCUAGGUUCCCAGAAAGAUGUCUUAAAUAAGGACCUGAUGACCCAGAAUGGGAUAAGCUAUGUUCUCAAUGCCAGCAACUCUUGUCCCAAACCAGAUUUCAUCUGUGACAGUCACUUCAUGCGCAUUCCAGUCAAUGACAAUUACUGUGAGAAACUCCUUCCCUGGCUGGAUAAAUCAAUUGAGUUCAUUGAUAAGGCCAAGGUUUCUAGCUGCCAGGUGAUUGUGCACUGCUUGGCGGGGAUUUCCCGAUCAGCCACCAUUGCCAUUGCAUACAUCAUGAAGACCAUGGGCAUGUCUUCAGAUGAUGCCUACAGGUUUGUCAAAGACAGACGUCCCUCCAUAUCACCCAAUUUCAACUUCUUGGGUCAACUCCUAGAGUAUGAGAGGAGUCUGAAGCUACUCAAGGCUUUGAAGGCCCAAGGAGAGAAAGGUGAAGGGGAAUCCCAGCAAGAAUACUUUGAGUCAUGUGACAGUAACAGACCCCAGAUUCUGUCUACCUCAGAAAAGCCUGAGGAGGUAUUAAAAAGCACAAUCUUGGAAACAUCCUCCAUUGACUCUGAGCAGUCACUAGGAAUUUCAAAGAUUGUCUCACCAAUGGCAUUGCAGCAAGGACUCAAUGGGCUGCAUUUAUCUUCUGAUCGCAUCCAAGACACCAACCGACUAAAGCGUUCUUUUUCUCUGGACAUCAAAUCGGCCUACUGUCCUAGCCAAAGGCAGGAUAUACCGGGUCCUACAGAAGUAGGGGAAACUCCCAAGCUUUGUAAGCUGGACAGCCCUUCAGGUCCCAGUGGUUCGUGCCAGUUCUCUCCUGUUCCAGAUGGCUCUGACUGGCCCAGUGGAUCUGACUACAUUCUAGAGGCCAAAGUACGACAGCGACGGAAGCACAGGCACCAAGCAGGCUCUCCUGCUCAUGGGCUGAGCCUUAAUUUCAGUGGGGUAUGUGCCAUGCACAAAAGCACCAGCAUGGAGGACAAUCUCAAGCAGACCCUUCGGCUGAGCCUUCCCAAUGUAGGGCAGCAGCUGGCACAGCCAGCCACAACCCCAUCCUCUGCUGGUACUUGGGGGAUGCACUUGGAAUCCCCGAGCACGCCUUCUUCUGACAACCCCUGGUACUUUAGCACAGACUCGGCAACAGGAGGCAAAGGCAGCGGGAGUGGGACUCUGUUUGCCAGUGCCACCACCUACUCCUCAUUCAGCUGCAGCACAAUCCAGGCAAGCUGUGAGAUCAGAUUGAGGGACAAGCAACGAGGAGAGCAGCGAGAUGUGCGGCAUAGCUGGCACGAGGACACCAUGCCUGAGAAGCAGUUCAAAAGAAGAAGCUGCCAGAUGGAAUUUGAGGAAACCUUAUCAGAGAGCAGAUCUCGGGAAGACCUGGGCAAAAUUAGCAAACAGUCUAGCUUUUCAGGCAGCAUGGAGAUUAUAGAGGUGUCCUGAUUUUCACUGUGUGAGAUUUGAGAGCAAGUGUGGGUACAUCAGGGGUGUGGGAGGGGAAGGGAGGUAGGGAGGAGGAAGACUGGUGAAAUAUUUAACUGAGGAGAAGAAGGGUGUGGGUAUGGGUAGGAGCAUUCUUUCAUAUGCCCAUGGGCAUUUCUGAAGGGCAUAUUCACUAAAACGAAGGCAAAGCUAAAGGAAUCUAAUGUCAAGAAACAUAAUGGUGCAUGCUUAGUGCCUCCUUUUGUUCCUACCUCCACCACCACGAUAAACCACAAUCACAUUCCCUUUUGGGUAGGUGGAGAGUGUAUUAACUCUUUAAAUAUUGGUUCUUUCCUUUUGCAUGAAGGUGCUUUCCCUUCCCCUUCAGAGGGAACAGGGAGAGCUGAUGCAUGUCUCCUAAGAUGGGUUGAAAGAGAAACUAGGGCGAAAUUUAAACUUGUGAGUGAAAGUUUUCUUGGAGGAAAAUGGUUACUGUUUGAUCUGCAGAUCUGCAAUGGAAAGAGUUAAAGGGAAGCAGGUUCUUUUCUUUGAAGAGUGUAUUACUAAUUAUUAUUAUUGCAUUCCUAUCUAACUUAUAGGAAGUAAUUGAGAUUUUGCCCAUCCGUUUCCAUUACCGAAGGGACAUUUCCUUUCUACUCCAUCAGGGCUGGACAAUAUAUUAGUGGCUCUUUCCCAGAUUCAGGUGCAGAAACGUGGAGGGGCUUCUUUUCCAAGGUGCCCCUCUUCCUAUACUGAGCAUGGGCCUUUGUGUUUCUCUGGCUAGUAUUCUUUAAAGCUGCUGUACAGCAGUCCUAUACAUAUAUAAAUAUAUAUUAUAUAUAAUAUAAAAGAAAAAAACACAAAAAAGUUUAAAGGUUUUACUACAGUUUUUAUUGAGACAAAUAAUUUUCAACUUUUCUUUCUAAUUUAUUUGAAGCUGUUCAUUCUGGCAAUGAUUUUCAGACAAUGUAGGGGCAGUACUCUAGCUCUAUUUUUAUGUGUAUGGUAUUUAAAUCUGAAACAUGAGUUUCAAAGCAAUAUCUUAGGCCUGUGGCUCCUUCUAUGGCUUGCAUUGGUGGCGGAGACACCCCCCAAAAGAGAAAAACAGGUGUGUGCGCGUGCAUGGGUGUGUGGGUGUGUAUAUGGGCAUACGCUUUUUAUUUUUUAAAAAAAGUGAGAAAAUCUUCAACACAAACUGAGCCAGGAAUUCUUCUUAAUGCUUCUUUAUUUCCUUUUUCUAUCACACCUGCAAUCAAAGCCAUAAAAUCUUCUUCCUGGGUCUGAGCAGGAGUGGUAGAGUUGUGGCUGCAAGAGUAGGCUUGGCUAUAAGAAAAAAGGUACCUUGAAUAAGAAGGGGGAGCAGACUGCACAGGAGUUGUAUGUUCAAUUAUAUAUGUGCUGUCUGUAAAGAGAGCACAUUAGGUCUGGACUCAAAUUUCAGAAGGGAGUGCCUUUUCAGAAGGCCAGAGUAUUUAUUUCCCCAGUGACUUAGGAGGACUGGUGGGCCAUACUCUUAAACCCAAGGGCAGGCUAUUCUGAAUGGCUCCUCUUGUUCAAACAUUAUUAAACCCAGCAUCUGUGGAAGGAGUUGGAGGUAGAAGAGAAGUUUGGGGCCUAAGACUGUGGAAAUGUUGAAUGAAUUAUGUUGCGGUACUAGAGUAAAAAUCUCUUAAAUAUCCUCAGGCCUGCUUUAGGAAAGCUGCCAGGAGGCAGUGUCCUCUUACUACUGCAGGAACUGGCAUUCUAGCUUCAGUUCUCCACCCAAAAUCUCUGUCUCCUCUAAGUACUCAUUUACCAUCUAUCAGGGAUUUCUCAGCGAAUGCAAAUCAGUCAGUGAGAGAACAGUCCAAAGACAGAGUUCACUUAGCAGGUCAUCAAAGUGAACAGCCUUUCAAGAAAGGAAAUUCUAGAAAGGAUAUGGAAUAUUUUAGGCAUAAUGUGAAGAGCUCGCCAACCCACCCCAAAUUCCUGUUUUCAUCAUCUAUCUACUAAGCCUCUAGAAUGUUAUUAAGAACUUCAGUUCAGCCAGAGAUCUUAUUUGUCUUGACUUUUAAGAGACUAGUGUUGAUGACUGGGAUAAGAAAACUAGUUCUGAAAGCUUUGUCUAAAUAAGUCCCUUAUUUAGGGAAAUACUUGGAUGAAGUUCUUCUGUAGGUUUCUUAACUUUUUUCUUGUUAAGGAGAAAUGAAGGAAAGAUUUCUCUGGCACCUUUUGAAAGAUGUCUAUCAUAAACCAGAAGAGGCCAUAGCCAGCUCAGGACUUUUUCACACCACAAGUGGAUAAUUGAACCACUGUUCCCAGUUGUAAAAAGUAUACUAAUAAAAUAAAGAAUGUAAAAUACAUCACUUCUGACUGGUAGAAACCUGCAGCUCAAUCAGCUUUAUAGUAGGGCUGGCCUUAGAUGAGGAAAACAAUUGGUUUAGCAUUAUUGAACUGUAGGCUGAUGCGGACGUUGUACUUCUGAUGUGAAGAUGGUUUGGAAAGCACUGCACACUGCUGGUUUCCCAAUGGGGCAGGGGUUAUUAUUGUAAGCCUCUGACUGCAGAUGAGCUCAACCAAGCAGAGGGUCUCCAUCUCAGUGUGUCAUUUUCCUGGGAACCACUGGUGUGGAGGCUCUCCAGGUAACUGGGCUGCUUCACCUGGUAAGUAGCUGAUAAACGUUACGGUCCCAGUGUUGUAUGAAAUGUUUUUUGAAGGCCUCUAUCUCAGAAGGCCGUGUUGUUUACAUUGCCUCUAACAGGUACAAAAUGGAACUUUAGGGCAAGCAGAUGAACAUGCAUGUCAAGAUAAUACUGGCCACAAGUGUAAGAUCCCAGUUGAAACACAAGAGCGGGAAGAGAUGUUGCACAUUUUCAUUAUUGGCUACUCUGGACUGACUUGUUUAUGGCGAGCAGCAAAGGAGUCAGCUCAGCUCAUGACACAGGGGCGCCACAGCGCUGCUUCAUCUGCUCAAGAUAAAGGCACAGAACUGUCUCCCUGAAAGCACAUUUUUCUCUUCGUGUACCUGAUUUUGCAUUUGCUCCUUUCGUAUCACAUGCUGGUUUUUUUGAGCCAAUACCUCAGGGUUGUUUGUGUAGCUUUUAAAAGAAAAAAAAUCUUUUUAGUGCAUUUCUUUUCCCAUUUCUUUUCUUGUUCAGCUGUAUUUUUUUAAAAUACACAAGACAAAAAUAACAAUCUCAGGUUCAAACUUUGCAAACAAAUAACAAACCACAGGGGAGCAGCAAUAACAUGUUCUUGCAUCAGGUUGUCUGUUUCCUGACCAUAGUAAUUGCUGUCUACUUUGCCAAGGCACAAAGUAGAGAGAUCCUCAUUGUAUUGAUUUUACCACUGCCUGUCCAGUUUAGAUGCUGCAAGCUCAGGAGUGACCAUGUGGACCUGUAUGCUAUUUUGCAAGUAAUGUGCAGGGGGCCUUUGGACAGUGGGACAGGAGAGAUGCAAUUAGGUUCUCACACUGGGAGUAUAUAUUUUUUAAAAAACGUGUUGAAUUGUAAUGGCAAAAGCAGGAUAACGUCUUUUGCUGCAGCGUUAUUGGAAUCUUCUUCUGUGUCCACAGAUGCUGAGAGAUAAAAAUCCUCAUUUCACCUGUGAGCUUGCGUCAGAAGUGCAGAUGAAAAACUCCUCUUGUGAAUGUGUGAUUAAAGUAGGAUAAGCGCUAACCAAUCAGGUUUAAUGGGCUGGAAUGAUGUGCUCCUGGAUUCCUCUCAUUGAUACCUAGGAGCAAUUUUCUGUUCAACUCCUUUCUGAGAAGCAUAGUGUACACGUGGUCUCUGGCAAAUACUAUUCCAAACCCAGGGAAUAAACUCAUCAGCUAGUAAAUAUUCAACCAGUAGUGAUACCAUAUCCCUGUAUAACUUAAAUUGUUUUACAUUUGCUUCCUGUUAUUCCUCCAUAGAGUUCAAUAGGUAGCUCCAUUUUAUCAUUGCAACAAAUUUAUGGGGCUUUCUGGUCUGAUGUGUUUAGAAUGUGCACAGACAAAAAAACCCCAACAACCUGCUCAUCUAAAGCCUGGAUCCUCCUAACCUGACCCACUUUCUGGCCUUCACGCACAGACUUAGCAAAUUUGAAAACUUGGAAAAACCAAGUUUGUAAAUGCUGGCUCAUUUAAAGAUUAUAUUUGGCUGUGUUGGGAACAAUAGGACAAAAAUUAUUACACCUUUGAACCAAGACAGUCUUCAACAUAUACGUGAGAAACAUUAAUAGGCAUAGUUUGAGAAAUUUAUUUCAGUUACCUUAGCUCUGCCUAAGGUACUCAUUCCUUGAUCCUAUUUUUUAAAAAAAUCUGCAUUCAUCACUGAUAUUAUUGUGACGUCAAUGCAGUAAAACAUGGUUCUAUUUUUCUUUAGAGGUAUAAACUGGUUCAUGUUUGUAAUAUUCAGCAUACAUUGGAAACCAGAAUAGUAUCCCUUUUAACCUCUGCUUUAUAACAGACUUUCGGAGGUCUGGAGGUCCUAGAAAUCUGUUCUGCUUUAAAGGCGUGGCGGAAGAACAUACCCAUGAUCCUAACAAUAAAAUGAUAAAAAUAAUUAGAAAUUAAACGUUUCAGAGCUGCUACAAUUUAUUGUGUCAGAAAAGAACCCAAGUUAGAUUACGGUGGCAAAGUUGGCCCCUUCUCAUCUGAGGGGAAAAAGUGACAUCAUGAGACUUCUAUGGAAGUCAGAAGUUAAGGACCAGACAGAAGGGGGCAAAGAAAAGUUGGGGAUUGUCAAGGGAUGGGAAGAAAAUCAUACAGAGAACAGUUUGUUUAAAUUGGUUAAAGAGUGAAGUUUUCCGAUGUUCUGAUGCGCAUAUUUUUCCUGCCUAGCUUGGAUAGGAAGUUUAUUUGCACCAUCUAACCACUAGGAAACUAGUUUAGCAAGCAAUCUUACAAUGCAUCACAGCAAAAAUAUCAGAAAUACCUCACUUAGUUUCACUAAAUUCAUUGUGUGGUCUUCUGUAAGACCCAGAUUUGAUACAAAUUAGCAUCCCUUUCCCAUAAAUCUUGUCAGGGAGAGAGCUUAGCAUCCAGUUGUGAUUUGAUAUUCAUACUUAGCUGCAUAAACUUACCCUAAUGUGGUUCCUUUAAGAUAGAUUGAAAUGGCAGUUUAUAGAAAUCCUAGGAACGAGGCUGUUGGAACAUUUUGACUGAAUUCUGUUGAACUGCAGUUCCAACCCAAGUGAAAAAUUCCAGGUUAGGAGCUAAACUGCAUGUUCACCUACAAUAGAAUUUAUUCUGACUCACUAGCAAUCUGAGUGAGAACUAGCGUGAGCCCCACGUGGGAAACAAGAGUCUUCAGGUAGGCUGAGCAAAUGGACAAUCAGGAUAAAGUAGAAAUGUUUGAUUUCUGUGCCAUUCUGAAACAACGUACCUUUCAGGAUGCCAAGGAAUUUUUUUUGAGCUUGUUUAAAAUCAGGACAAGAAGAAUCCUCACAUAUCUUAUUCUUGAAUAGAAUGUCAGUGCUAAUUUUCCUCAAAUAUAGCCAAAUGCCACCUAGGGCUCAAUAUUUGUAGAAAAAGUAGGAUCGUGGUAAUAAUAAUAAUAAUGCUAACCUUGAAGGCCAAGUUGAGAACCAUCUUUAUCAUAAAGCAGUUUGUUUUGGCUGGCAGUUAACUGCAACAGUAUCAUUUCUUGCUGCUAACUCUCCAUCUCCAGAAUAAGGGGAGAGAAACAUGCCACUUUAACUUCACUUCAGGUACAAAAUUAUCUAACUUCCUAGGUCUUACAUAGUGAUUUUCUGGCUUGCAGCACCUUAUUAAUUUUUUUUUUUUUUCUUGCCCUGUGACAAAAAGUUUUGUUUUGCUCUGUUUUGAAGGCUUUGCUGUGAUUCUUCACCCUUCUGCCUGUUUUAUCAUGUGUCUGUUCUGGUUUUAUUUAUUAUUUCUGUCCUCUGUUUAUUAUUAUUUCCUCUGUUUCUUGUAUCCCAUGUGCCGUUUUCAUGUCUCCUCUACUGGAUGCCAAUCCCUUAAAAGGAUAUCUUUCUUACUUUCCUCUGGAUCCUAAUGCUAAUGAUAAUAAGCUAUCAAUGUUGUAAUUGCAAUGUAUGGAUUAUAGAUUUAAGUAUUUAUUAUUAUAUUAUUAUGUAAUUUUGCUUCUAUGUAUGUUGAUCUUUGUUUCUCUGUUGUGAAUAUAUACAGACCUUUCCCUUCUCCACCUGCCCUCUGCUUUCUCUGAUUCCAACUGUAUGUAAAGGCUAGUCAAUACUGUGGCAUGUGUGAUUGCCAAAUAGUGUACAGAAGGAGGUGGAGAAGGCCUUACCUCAGGGAUAUCGUGUUCUCUUAAAAAUUCUGCCAGACACUGAAGCUUCCUCAGAUCCACUAAAGUUUUGUAGGAAGAAAGAAAAAAGUUCUAACACAAUUUAAAAUAAUUAAAAAGUGCAUCAGGAGAUACAGAACUCCUGGUUUCACCUGACAGUAGUUUUCCUCUUCUGAACUACAAAUCCCAGCACCCCCAGCUAUUAUAGCCAUUGUGCUUUGAUGGGAAUUAUAUUCCUACUAAUCUGGAUGGUAUUACAUCGGGAAAAGCAGCCACAGAGCUGUUCACACUGCAGACUAAUUUCACUGCAGUGAUUUUCCCUGUUCUUGGAAAUAUAAUUUGAUGAGUGCUAAGAACUCAAAGAAAAUGGUUUGCAUCACAUGAAAAAUCUAAUUUCCCAACAUCUUUCCAAGUCCUGUUUCUGUAUCAAUAGCCAUCAUGCAGUUGUGUUUGAUGGAAACCAAAAGCAAUUAAAAGGAGGUGUUCAGUCUCCAAAUCCUAUAAUAAAACCCCGUUAAAUUUGAUUUUGUACUCCAGAAUUUUCUGUCAUCUUAGUAUUGUGAUUACAUUAGACUAGACAGGACAGAAGAGAUAUAGACCCUGCUCCCUUUUCUGAAAGUAAGGGCUCUUUCAAGUUAACAGUGUUCAGAAAUUGACAUCAGCAGAAAGACUCGCAGGUCAUGGGCAAGUCUGUCUCGUUCUUCAGUAUACUGAAGCAAUUAUGGCUGGUUCAUACACAGAACAAGUGUCCCUGUUUCAGAUUUGUCACUGAACCUGGGGUGGCUGAAGCCACCAGGUGCGAUUCCUGUGUCUUUAGGAAUCGUUUGGAGACUGAUAUCCCAAUUUUCCUUUAUUGCUCAAUGAAUAGAAGUCAGUAUUGCAAAACACAAUUGUGAGCAAAGUGCGUUUGAGUCCUUCCUAUAAUCAUUUUAUCUGCCACAAUGUUUUCCUAGCCAUCCUCAGUAGGAAUCAGUAGAUAGGCAUUCAACAGAUUGUUUUGAGAUUUUGGAGAGGAGGUGCAAAAUACGAUCUUUUCUGUUGCAGUAUGUUGUGUUUAUUUAUUGUUGCUCAGAAUUCUUUUGGAAAGCGUAGAGAAACUGUCUUAACCCAACUUUCUCAGAAGGCAUACACAGAAUCCCUUUUGGUCUCUUGUCUGUGGAUCCACAUUUUUAUUCUGCAAGUUGUUCUGCCUUGUAAACAUUAAUGGGAAAUUAUUUGACUAAGGGGCGAGAUGCUGAGCCUCUGACACAAGCACAGAGACCUUAGUCUGUGAAUAUCCUUAAACGAGAUGGAGACUUUGUUCUCAGGGCAAUUCAUAAGCAAGGAUUGCUCUAGGAAUGGAAACUUGGAUAUAAAUAUCUGUAUGUCCUGGGAAGGAAUUCUGAGUACCAUCUAGGAUGGGUGAGGUGUGUGGGGAAAUGACACUGCAUCUGGUUUGUGAGUGUGUUCCCUCCCUUCUCUCAUGAUAACCAAACUACAUCCCCUUCUGCCUGCUAAAGGAAUGCUGACAUUGGAUGUUGCUUGGCAGGAUUGAGUGGUACACUCGGCCCCUGCAUUGACUUUAUUUAUUUAUUACUGAAGGCUGUAAACAGCAGUGCUUUUUACCCUCUCUUUCUUUUCCUUUCUUUUGUAUUUGGGAACAAUGUGUUGUAAUAAAUUCCUGAUAGAUGUUUUAA